CAAGCGACCGGCAGGAGCUACAGAAAGUAGGCAUUUUGCCAUGGUCCUGCUUCGAAUGGCAUACACCGGGUCAAAUCAUCGUCGGAACUACUGAUGGCUGCGUCGUAAGAUGCGACUUCGAGAUCCGCUUUCAGUCCGGGAGCAGCAGCUCAAAGUCAACUACCUCGGGGCUGCGUAGCUUAGUUGGAGGGACAUCAAUAUGGAUUGAUGGUGUACUCAACAAGAAUAAGUUGUAGCAUGAGACACUAGUGCACUUUGGAGGUGGUAGUUCUGAAAUACGUACUUGAUAUUGAUCUUCUAGUAUUGUCUCUACCUACGAUUUAUUCCACCUUGUCGGGGUCCCUUCUUGUUCAUAAACAACCGGUCCUACUGGCAUUGACGGGGCAGUGACGGGAACAUUAACGAAAGUUUUUACGCAUCCCGAGCAGACAAAGAAUGGACCAACAUGCGUGUGCCUGGAAAAGGAUCCCCUCUGUGACGACUACAUGGUUGUGGCUUUUGCAGAUGGCUCUGUCUUCCUACUUGCUACUGAAGCUGGCAUGGUUCUCUUUGCAUUCGAGCGACAACCUGUGCCAGUGCAAAGUGUCGUGUGGCUACCAUCGCAGCCCGGUACCAUGUUCAGUCUUCAAUGGAGAAUGGUAGAGCUAAUGCGCGUGAGCGUACUUAUUUGCGUGCAUCUGCGUGUUUUAGUCUACAGCUGUGAAGAAACCGUCUAGGGUAGUUCGCCAGGCACAUCCUGUGAAUAACACCACUUUCAGGUAAUUUUCUGACAAGUAACUCGAAGAACGGAACCCUGAGCCUUUGGAAUGUUAGUCAGCCGAAGCCGCUAGAAAAACUAAAAGGUGGGAAUUCGCCGAUAUUGAACAUGGUGAGUUUUCACACAAACAGUCCGGAAAAAAUAUUCUUCGCCUACACCAAUGGGUACUGCAUAGUUCGCUCCGAUGAUUAUCAAACUGCGCUACCUACUUUGUCAGUAAAAGUGAGCCUGUCCUCUCAUCCUGACUGCGAUGAAUGACCACCACCAAUCACUAUCAGGUCUCUUGCCCUGAUGGACUUCGUGACCAACACGGGUACUGGUGGAGUUGGGGCAACGAAGGUGACGUCCUUGCGUCCUGGGUUUACCACGAGUCCUGCUCAUUCGGAGACCAUUUUUGACUUGGUUUUUAAUCCGGUGAAUUGCAACGUCUUCGCGACUGCAAGCUACGAUGGCUACGUCAAACUCUGGAAUGUAGCCAAAAAAGAGGCUUUUCGCGAGAUCUUCGCAAAUGAUGGCAUCCUCUAUGCUUUGGCGUUCAGUCGUGAUGGCAGCAUGAUCGCAGCGGUCUCUGGGUCCGGGAACCUCUUUGUCUGGAAAAGCGAGACUGGAGCGCAAAUCUUGAAGUACAAGCCGCACGAGGGAAGCCAUGCGUAUCAACAUCUUCAUGUUUGCAUGUAGAAGUUUGUUUGCACCAUUAGGACUCUACUACUAGUAGUUUUUGGACCUACUAGGAUCAAAAUUACAAUAAAGAAAUCGUAAACAAAUUUUACGCACUAAAUCCAUCUCGCCCGCAGGCCCAGCAUCAUCUUAGACUUUCUCACUGAACCUCAGCUCCUACCGCCUCCAGUGGCAUCCCGACGACCCGAAGUUGAUAGCUACGGGAGGAUGCGAUAGUCAGGCUGUGAUCACGAACAUUGCGGAGAAGUGUGCCAGACGGCAGUAUCGACACCCUAUGGUUGUAAUUGGCGUGGCCUUCAACCCCGUAACGACACACCUCCUUUGCACCGCCUGUCAAGACUGCCAAGUCCGAAUAUGGGAUACACAGGUCUUUCCGCAUCACCAUCAACCGCUUCUCGCUCUGGUCGGGCACACUGCGCGCGUGUUCAAUGUAGCCUGGCAUCCGCAGUAUCGAAACCUACUAUGUUCUUUUUUGGCAAUCCUAGCAAGUUGUAUAUUACUUCAUAGAAGCAAGACUAAAAGGUGUCUAUACAUAGAAAUUGUAAGGACUUUGAGGAUGAUCUUCCUAGACCUGCAACUACUGCAGUGCCUACUAUUCGCAGCUGCUCUAAUCCUUCUGGCUUCGGGUAGCGAUGAUACGACGAUUCGCGUUUGGGAUAUCGAUUCUCAAAGGGAGUGCACACGCCUUUGCGGCCAUCGCAGUUUUGUGCGCGCACUUUGCUGGCACUCGGAAGUAACGCAGAUAUUGCUGUCAUUAAGGCUGGUUCUUAUUGGACACGAGGUUCCAGGUUUGCCGAACUAAAACGCCAAAUACAUGCUGUUGAUGCUAGCACAUAAUUUUUCACGUUUCUACUAAUGCUAGGAAGCUGGGACGCGACCAUACGUGUUUGGGACGCAUCACAAGGCAUGUUGUUGUACACAGCGCGGCAACAUCAUGCAGAUGUUUACGGUCUCCAUGCACACCCUUUGCGUCCGUUCCUGUUCAUUUCGAGUAGUCGUGACACGACCAUCCGCUAUUGGUCCCUCGAAGAAAUCGCAGCGCCUUUUUUGCUAUCAGCGGUUCUGAAUCCGCAAGAGCUACGCGAGAUGGUGGGCGUGCUGCCAGCGCAAGAGGCAGGACCAGAAUUCUUUUGCUCGGCGAAAGAAGAACCGCUUUCACCAUUUCUGAAGUAUCCGAUCUGUAAUAAAUGAUGAAGAUGAAAACGAAUUAUUUAAUAUUUGGGAAAUACUUAUAGCAGAGUAGUUUAUAGCACGCAUGGUGCAUGGAGUGCAUGGAGUAGCAUGGAGUGCAUGGAGCGCAGAGCUUUAAGGGGCGCAAGAAGCUCCCCCUUUAGCUCCAUGCUACUCCAUGUGAUCCAUGCACUCCAUGCCAUGCGAGCUGUGAAACCUUAUAAACUGCUCUAUUAUAGAUACUAAUGCAAAUGCGGCAAGAAAGUGACAUUCUACUUGAAAAACUGACAUAGCGAGAGGUUACUACGAGUACGGAUUAUACUCUCAUCUUACAACAGGUACGUGACGCUUGGCGGUAUGACAUCUCCUAGAUGCCCUGUGCGCUUUCCGAAUUCGGACAAUCUGUUGCUCUUUGGCCACGGCUUCCGCCACACCUUGCAAAAAAUAGAGAAUCUGCCUCCUCACCCGCAGCGCGCGGUGCGCGUUUACCGAAUGCUGUUCCACUUUUUCAGCCACCGAGCGAACAUGGACGAUUUAUGGGGAUUGCUGGAAAAAAGUGUUGGUGCUGCGGCGAGCGGAGACAAUGGCGCGCCAAUGAUAGGCGGCCCGGGCGGAGCUACUGGCCUUUCACCCGGUCUUGGCGGCACCCCCGGUGGCGACGCAAUGCUGGAGGUGCACAUGACCAAUGCGUGCACAGCACCAGGAGCCGCGAAAACCGAGGUGGACUUGGUGACGGGACGCGCUGCUAGCGACUCAAUGUCGCCGAAUUACAGGGCCUCCGGAAUCGGUGCAGGUGCUGGGGGCCUAAAGCCAGGUGGCGGAGCCAACACGACCACGACGGUAUGGCACCACUCAGUAGUCUGUGCGCAGGUGCGCGCACAAGCCCUGGCUUUGGCGAGCAAUGCCCAGGUCAGCGGUGGUGGCGCGGGUGGGAUCGUUGCGGCUGGGAGUGCGGCUGGCGGCAAGAAGGAGGACCGGCUGCAGCGGGCGGCCCAAAUGAUGCUUCGCAUCGGCGACGUGCGACAGUACUGCGAGAUGAUGGCUGCUGCGGAUAAAUGGGAACAGGCUAUAAUGGCGGCUCCCAUGGUAUCGACGGAGUACUGGCAACGCAUGCACCGUGAAUAUCUAUCGAAAAGAGCCUACUGCCUGACGACGGAGGCGAAAGCGGUAGCCUUAUUGGCGACCGAGAACGCUGGAGAACUAGUCGAGGGCUACCUGCGGGAAGGGAUGCCAGCGGAGGCGCUAGUUGCAUCGAAAGCUGCCACGGAUGGGCUCUACUUUCGUAGCUCUUCUGCUGGUGGUGGCACGCCCUCAAGUCUCACGGGAACGCAAACUCCUACGGCGCGGCGGGAUGGCUUGCCUACUACCGCAACGGGCGGCGUGAUUGUGGGGAACGGAGCGGCCAGUGGAUCACGCAAUCCCGCAUCCUUGAGUCGCGACAUGACAGACGUUGCAAGAGGUCUCGCACGAACAUAUUACACAAAUGCAGAACCCGUAGCAGCUGCGUGUAUGUUUUUCUCGGUGAAUAUGGUGCAAGAAGGGCUCAACAUGCUCUUGAAGGGAAACGAGGUGCUGUUGUACCAUAUAUGUCACAAAUUACUGAUCGAGGACACUGGAGGCGGCGGCGGGGGUUCUAGCGCUAGCACGGCAACAACAAGAGAGCAGCGAAAAGUGGCUAUCGAGUGGCUCGCAAAACAGUGUGAACGGUAUCACCUUCAGCGCCUCGCGGUGGAUUUGUGGAAUCAAUCUCAAACGGCUGCAAACCGACAUCGCGUGUACCUGAUUCAUCAGGGCCUCCGGUGUCCGCGCUCACUAGAGUCCCUUCUUCACCCACACUCGGACCUGAGAAAGCAGUUUGAGGCAUCGCGGAGCGUCGCGAAUUUUGAUGCGGCAGAAGCGAUCAAGCUGGCACUUCUUGUCGGAGAGGGUUCGUGGGCAGCUCAGACAGCGCUCGAUACUUUCUUGCUAGAGAUUGCAGCAGGGGAGAGUGGAAAUUUUGACAAGUUGCAGGAAAUUUCCGCAGUCCUAGAAAGCUGCAACUUAACGCAACUUAAUGAUGUGAAUGUAGUAGUGUCGCUUCUAGCGUGCGCAGCGUAUGUGGCCUUCGUACAGGCAUUUCUACGCGGGUAUUUCGAAAUUCUUCCACCCUUGGCACACACUGUACAAAAUAUCGUGAAUCAUCGACAGCUGCCCUUCCCCGUGCCUACGGAGGAACUUUUCGUUCUAGAAGCAAUAGUGACUGCGCGUGCGCGGCCACGAGAAGUGCGCAGCUUGGAAAAGUUGAACAACGCACGAACUACCGCAGAGCGACUGUCGACCAAGGGUAGCAAAGGCCUUGUCUCGAUGAUCGAUCAGCAUCUUGGGUGGCUCAAUUCACAGCAGCCGGAAAGCGCGCUGCACAGGAUUCCUGGUGCGCAUUGGCUCUUAGACCGAUUGCCACCACUUUUGUGGGAUGUGGAGCUCUCGGCAGGGCCGUCGCUGCAGCUAGAGGGCAGCUUUCUUCCAGCAGAGCGCGAUGCAGCGGUCAGCGUUCUCAGUUCUGAGCCGAUAAAAGGGCCAAGUUUCUUGUUGGAGGACGGGCAACACUGCGUAUCGCUUCGGGAAGCAACCCUCUGGUCACGUGUGAACACUUGCUCCCCACUGAAUACUGGUUACCCGAUCAUGCCAUACUAGAUUCUGGUCAUCGGACGUUUCAAAGCUUCGGUUGGGGUUCGCUAGAAAUGAUUAUUCGGUGGACGUUCCAAAUUGAAAAACAUUUUCUUCAUCCUUUAUAUAUUAUGAUUAUGACAAUAAAUAAUCCAAAACCAAAUCGAAAUUCUCUUUGUUAUUGCUGAUUUUUUCAUUGACUAAGACUAUGUUUGUAUGACUAUGAAUCUACUUGCCUUGCACACAACGAACUUAUCUCAAAUAGACCGUUGAUUUUUUCAGACGCUGACGGAGUACGUGAUCUGAUUUGAUACUGAUUCAUCAGUACGGUUGUAAUGACUAACGAAGUAAGCAAGACGAGUGCACUCUUGACACGGUGCAGCAGAAAAGCGAGACGAGCGAAGCACAGCUCGCUAUCGCGGAGGAUAUUUAGAUGAACGUACUAACAGGCCCUUGUCGUUGUCCCACUCCUUUCGCCAUGUGGACAGAUUGUAAGAUGUAAAGAACUGAAUACUUGUUGAACACGCGCCAAUAUAAUCGGCUAGAAGCACCUGCAGGCCUUGUAAAAACAAGAAUAAUGAGGUUUCGCUUUACUAGCUACUAACGAUAGCGAAGUUGAUCAUGUUGAUCAUUAUACGCAUAUAUUAACAACUACUACUUUUUACAAGGCUAAUACUAAAUAAAGAGAAAAUCAAAAUUACCUGGAUGCAGCGGUGUGUAAAGAUGAUUGCUUCCCCAUUUGUAAAAACGUCAACCUACACCUACUAUAGACUUUAGCUAUGUGCAACGGGAUAGAUGAUCAAUGAGUACCUACGUAGUUGUGGGUCACAGCACUAGCGCUACUUACAGCUUCUUUAGUACUUGACCCAUGCUUCUCUGUGGCGUUUCACAAUCUUGGACAUUGUUCCGAUAAGUACGCUCAAACAGGGUAGACUUAACUGCGAUGUCAGCAUCAUUACGGU